UGUAGAAACAUUACGCCCUCAGUCAAACAGAUUACCCCGAUUUCAGUGCUUGUAUGUAACACUCUCGUACUCUAUUAAAACUAAAACAAGCGACAAUAUUUUACACGUGAUUGCGUAUUUUGUAUAGAAACCGCUUGUUAACUGAAUAUUUCGGAUGAAAGUAAAGGGAAUCCUAACUUGUCGCUGUAGGUUAUUGCCAGUAAAAACGACGAAGGAAUAAAUGAUGCAAAUAUAAUUUACCUGAAAAAACGAAAGUAAUGUCUUCAGCAUCUAUUUUCUUUUCUGAUGAAGAUGGAUACACAGGAUCAUAAAGUGGACGGUGUAAGUGAGAGACAACCUAAUCAAAACAAUGUUCCCAAGAAAACAUUAACUAUGAAACACGCACAGGAGACGCAAAGCCUAAAAGGUAACACUGAUAUCGUACAGAAUUCCCGAAAAAAUGGUGAGGAAGACAAUGCUCCUAUUAGUAUCACAAUUGAAACACAUGAAGAGGAGCAUCAAAGUUUGAAAAACAAUAUCCAUAUGUUACAGAAAUCUAGUGACAAAAAUGCUGCUGCUAACAAUAACUUAAGUGAAGAAAGUGAACAAAAACAUCAGAACUUAAAAUACAAUAUUUGCGUGCUAGAAAGUUUUCGAGAAAGCAUUAACGAAGACAUUAAUAAGACAAGAAAAGAACUGGAAUCCCUUUCUUUAAGCGCGAAAAAUGACGGCCAAAACAAAAGUCAGAUUAUAAGUAAAACGUCCUGUUUAUGUUUGACAAACUUAGAAUCUGGGUCGGAUUCUGACGAAGACGCAAAUGAAUCGAAUAUUUUAGUAAGAGCACCUUCCCACAAAAACAAUCACACUCGCAAGAGAAAUAAGACCCCAUAUUGCAAGAUGCAGAUGUCAGUUAACAAUUGCAGUAUCACUAGAGAACGGAAUCUAAUCGAUUUGGAUUGUUUUCAAGACAUAUCCCACUUGUGGACAAAUACAGAUAAUUAUGAGCAACUGUCUGCAGGUUCAGCUGUUUCAAAUGAGACGGAUUUGGACCGUCAGUUGUUUUCAGAAACUAUUGUACGCAAUCAGUUUUCUCCAGAAUCUUCCAUCAGUUCUGGUAGUUUUUAUCAGAGCGCUGUUACAUCACCUAUUUCAGAAAUUUUAUCCAGUAGUCCAACUUCCGAUCGAUCAGGAUCUAUUGAAUUGAGCGAAUAUGAAAGAUCAAUUGAGAUUUUACCUUCUAACCAAUGUUCUCUUAGUAUUCCAGAGAAUAUCCUUGAUUUUGUUAUGGAAAAUGAAGACAAAUAUUCAACUCAUCAAAAAUCUAAGGAGUGUGAGAACAUUUCUGAGUUUAAAUCAUGUAAUGGUUUGAGUGAACAAGCUUGUAUCGAAAAUCUGAGCUUCAUGACCGAUAUUUCAAAAGUCGUCAAUAACACACAUUUUCCUAACCCAUCGACAAGCUAUAAUUCCUUAUCAGAAGCGGUUGAUACGUCAUCUAUUUGUUACUCUAAAGAAUUAGAUUAUAACUUUCAAACCUUUGAUACCGUGUAUGCCACACAUAAUUGUCAUCUUUCCCAAGCCUCUUUAAAUUACUGUGCAGAUACUGCAGUCACUAUGCCUUCAGUAUUCCCUUCCAUAUAUAAUGAGAGAAAAUUGUCUGAAAACUCUGCUAAUUCCAGCUGUUUAUUCGAAAUUGAUCACAGUUAUAAUAUUCAAGAUUCAAAUAAUACAUCAAACUCUUCGCCAUUUAAUUGCAGCCUGAAAAACACAGACCCUGUCACUUCUCAUGUCUUAUCAUCAGAAGAGCAAAACUUCGUUCUGCAAGAUUUUAACUACAAUUCAAUACCCAGCCAGAAACUUGCUAAUUUGCACGGUUUUGAUGAUACACAAACACUUUCAUCCGUUCUCUAUCAUACUCAACAGGACACUGACUUUGAAAAGAAUCUUUUUGGAGUUAAUAAUAAUUCUUUAUACUCAAUUUCCAACACCACGGAAUACUUUCAGAAUUCUCCAGUUAUUAACUCCAACAAGAGCCAAGAUUUAUUCUCUCUUCACACGUCCAAGGAACCAAUAGCAGUAAAAUCGUGUCUGUCGUUUAAUCAAGAAAAUUACUCCGAAAAUUCGAAUGCCAAAACAAAUGUACUGUUUGAGUAUUAUGAGCCUAUGUUUCAAAACUAUGAUCUUUUGGAAACGACCAGUUCUGUCACACCAAAUGAUAUAAUAGAAACAUCGACUCCUUUACAAGUACCGGAACUAGUAGCUUCUAAAAGCACUUCACAGAAUAGUGAUAUUACUUCAAGCUUGCCUAAACGUGAUAACACUUUAUAUAAUUCAAAAGAAACAAAUUUUACGUGGUCAACUAAUAAAAAUAACAUCAAGCCAACUCCGGUCGAAUCCGAUGGUAAUAAGAUUUUAAGCUCAAGAAAUGGAUUCUCAACAUUAUCUUUUGAUAAUUCUUUACUUCAAGUUCCUAAUGUUUCAGGACAUUCAAACGACCAGCACAUUUUCGAGGACAACAUAGGAAAUAUAAUCAACUAUGAACUCAAAGGUACUCCAAAUGCAGAAACUACAAACAUAAUGAUAGCUAAUAUGCCACUUGUAAUAUGCCAACCAGCCACAAAGCCGUCUGUACGAAACAGAAAAAUAUUACCAAAACCAAGCAAUAGACAGAACACCAGUGAGUUGCAUGAAAGUCAAUCGCCUGCUGUUUCACGGAUGCAGAUUUAUUCAUGUUCAGAUUCAAAUAACGGCAAGGAAGCCAAAUCUGGCUUCAAUUCUAUGCAAAAAGCCACGAACUCUUUGAAGAAAUUACGCGAAACCCUAAACCUCCAAGAUAUACAUACGUUUGCUAAAGAUGUGACUAAAAAGAUGAUACAUGCAGGAAAAAACUUCAUUUUCAAACUUGAUGACAACGGAAGUUAUAUACACCGUGCGAUCAAGAAAAACGAACUUCUUCAAGCUUAUGUUUUACUGGAGUAUUGGAAAAAACUUACAGGCAUUCAAGAGUGUAUAAACGAGAUCAACUGUCAGGACAAGGAUGGAAGGACUCUUCUUCACUGUACUGCACUUAGUAUGCCAGACAAGCCUCUUCUCGCUGAAGUAAUUCUUGAUCUGGGAGCUAACAUUUCAAUUCGAGACAUCACAGGUGAAACUCCAAUUCAUUAUGCAGCUUGCAGAGGAUCAAAGUAUUUGGAAAUUUUAAAAGUUCUAAUCAGAAAGACAGGAAACGUGAAUUUAAGAAAUUCAAAAGGUCAGACUCCCUUACAUUGUGCAGUUUUGUGUCAUGGAGCUCAACACAGGGAUGACAGAAAAGAAGAAUCAGAACAAAAUGACAAGCUUGAUAGCUGCCUAACAAUUAAAUUUCUUCUGAAGAUGAAAGCACUCUUAUCAGCUCAGGAUUCUCAAGGACAAACUCCAAUUCAUUAUGCUGUGAGAAAUUAUAAAAGUCAAGAGAUUCUAAAACUUUUCUUUGAACACUCCUUGGAAUGCCCUGAAAAAGCCAUUAAUAUCCAAGAUGAAAAUAAGCAAGUUGCUCUUCAUCUAGCAGCAAAAAAUAGCGUGCCACGUAGUGAAAGGCAUGCAGAUCUGGUGCGAUGUCUUAUGACGAAUGGGGCGUGCACUCAAAUGAAGGAUAAGAAUAAUAAAUUGCCCGUGGAUCUUGUUCCUGAGGGUAAUGCAGAGGUACAAAAUCUACUGCAAAAUGUAUGGACUAAGACUGGCUGGAAAGUUCUAGUAUAGGUUUGGCCAGAAACUAUCAAAAUAAAUUACCUGCAUGGCAUUUGAAAUUAAGUAUUAGCUGUAAGAAUGAAAUAGAAGGUUGGAAAUAUUUGGCUGAAUUGAUGCUUUUACCUGCUAUAAGAUUAGUUUAUCAACAAUGAUUCUAUAAUGCAGUAAAUACAUUACAGCGAUGAACUAGAAAUGAGAGGGGUUGUGUAAGUUUUUUCUCUUGUAAGAACUAUCAAAUAAAUCAGAUUAUUCACUGACACAUAAGGCAUUUACGAAGAGUAAUAGGUUUGGUACUGCUAACUGAAUUAGGUUUAUUGAUUCAUAAAGUUAUGACUGAUAAUAUCCAGAAAAGUGUGUAUAUUCGACAGUAUAAAGUAUGUAUGUUGAAAACAUCAAA